AUGAUAUUUUUCACCUCUAGAUCUUUCUUCAACAUUCAAAAAAUCCUCUCCAGCCUAGCAGGCAGGCCCUGCUCAGUCUUCAGAGCCCCCUAUGGUGAUAGAAACCUCUCUGACCCAGCAGAUGGCCCCACCUUUGCCUCCAGAGUUCCCUCAGGAGUUGGACUAUAUCUAACUCAGCAAAAGGCUCCAGCUCAGAUUCCAGAGCCCCCAGUGGAGGCAGAACCUUCUCCAACCCUGCAGGAGGCCACAGUUCAGACUCCAGAGUCCCCUAAGGACAGAGAACUUUCAAGACAGCAGAUGGUACCAGCUCAGCUUCCACAGCCACCUAAGGAGGUUGCUGCUCAACCUCCAGCUCACUACGAGGUGACUGUUCCAACACAAGGUCAGGAUCAAGCUCAGCACUCAAUAUUGCCCAGUGUCACAGUUCAACCUUUGGAUCUGGGGCUUACCAUCAAUCCAGAAUCCAUGACAGAGGUUGAACUUUCUCCAACCAUGCAGGAGACCCCAACUCAGCCUCCUAAGAAAGUUGUACCCCAACUUCCAAUAUAUCAAGAGGUAGCAGUUGCGACACUAGGCCAGGAUCAAGCUCAGCAUUCAGUGUCACCCAGCAUUACAGUUCAACCUUUGCACCUGGGACUUACCAUAACUCCAGAACCCAGUACAGAGGUUGAACAUCCUACACCCCUGAAGAAGACUAUAGUUCCUCCAAACCACCCUAAAGUGACAUUUCCACAUCCAGACCAUGUUCAGACUCAGUAUUCAAACCUGACUCAAGCCACAGUUCAACCUUUUGACCGGGGGUUUACCAUCACUCCAGAAUCCACUACAGAGAUUGAACCUUCUACAGCUCUGACGACUACAUUUUCUCCUCCAAAACAUCCUGAGGUGACACUUCCACCUUCAGACAAGGGUCAGGCUCAGCAUUCAAACCUGACUCAACUCACAGUUCAACCUUUGGAUCUGGGGCUUACCAUCACUCCUGAAUCCACUACAAAGGUUGAAACUUCUACAGCCCUGACGAUUACAGCUCCUCCUCCAAAACACCCUGAGGUGACAUUUCCGUCUCCAGACAAAGGUCAGGCUCAGCAUUCAAGCCUGACUCAAGUCACAGUUCAACCCCUGGACCUGGAGCUUACCAUAACUACAGAACCUACAGAGGUUAAACCAUCUCCAACCAUGGAGGAGACCUCAACUCAGCCUCCAGACCUGGGGCUUGCUACAGAGAUUGGACAUUCUACAGCCCUGGAGAAGACUACAGCCCCUCAUCCAGACCAAGUUCUAACUCAGCAUCGAAACCUGAUUGAAGUCACAGGUCUACCUGCUGAACUAGAACCUACUCAGGAUUCACGGGUGCAGACUGAAAGUUAUGCUCAAAAUAAGGCUUUAACUGCACAAGAGGGAACUGACUCAACAGCUCAAGUUUGAGGAUUCUACAGCAACUCUUUUCCACGAAACAAAUGAUAUGACUUUUUAAAAUUAAUUUUGUGUGUGUG